UUUAUAAAAUUGACACGUUGGAUGAUUUUCAGCGGAUAUCUACACAGGUGCGUCUGGACAUUUAUGCAUAUUCGCGGGAACCAAGCAUUGCGUGUUUACUGUGUGUAUGCGUGAUUUUUGGUGUUACACAGAGAAAUGCGUGUCUACAGUGGAAUGGCUCAGUUAUGCACCUCAGAAUGAAAACCGUGCAGCUGGGACAUGCAUUCACUUUAAUACAGCGCACCAACAAGCUGGUGUAGUCUGUAGGCUACCAAUAAAACCGCGGUUUGGAUUUCUGCAAUAACACUGGAUUACAGGAGCUGCAGGACGUGGGUUUGAAGGAGAAGGGGAGACGAACAUAUCACAGAUGUGAAAAUACAGAUCGAGAUUUUCAUUUCAGUUUUUUUUUCUUUUGCAUUAUGAUUUUUGGCCGGAGCCUGUGAAAUGCAGCCUCUAUCUAACAGAUGUGUGGCACUACAGCUGCAGCCUACAGAGUGCGUCUCCAGUUUACCUGCAGCGGACUGAGACUGCUACAGCUGCAAAUCUCGCCGUCAUUGUCAUCAACAUCUGCCACUUCACAUAAGACAAGACACAAGAGGACAGAGGUUGCUUUUUGGCUGAUCAAAGUGCCAGUUAGAAAGUGGGCUACCUGUAGAUGAUGACUGCAAACAAGAUGUGUGCUUGAAAGCAGCAUGAGAUAAUUUGAGACUACCACACAAAUAGCUGAUUCGAGCCUUUUCUGUCUGGCGCUGAUGAAAAUGUUCCAGUGUGUCAGUUGACUGACAUGCUCAUGGUGGUGUUCUAGCUCGGGACAUAGUCAGUAACUGAAGUGCAGACACCACAAAGGAGAUGGCCCGUCCAGGAUCAGGGCUGCUGGUGCCCGUCAAUGGGAUGGGGUACCCUCCUCAGAACCUGGCCAGGGUGGUGGUCUGGGAGUGGUUGAACGAACACGGACGCUGGAGGCCCUACAGUGCAGCUGUUUGCCACCAUAUUGAGAACGUAAUGAAAGGGGACGCCCGGGGUACUGUUGUUCUGGGUCAGGUGGAUGCCCAGCUCUCACCUUACGUCAUCGACCUGCAGUCCAUGCACCAGUUUCGACAAGACACAGGCACCAUGAGACCCGUACAGAGGAACUUCUAUGAGCCAUCGUCUGCCCCAGGAAAAGGCGUGGUGUGGGAGUGGGAGAACGACAAUGGCUCAUGGACACCAUAUGAUAUGGAGAUCUGUGUGACCAUCCAGAAUGCCUAUGAGAAGCAGCACCCUUGGCUGGACCUGACCUCUCUGGGCUUUUGCUACCUCAUCGACUUCAACAGCAUGUCUCAGACCAACAGGCAGAGCCAGCGCAAGCGACGCCUGCGGCGACGCAUGGACUUGGCCUACCCCCUCAUCAUGGGUUCCAUCCCUAAGUCACAGUCCUGGCCUGUGGGAGCCAGUUCUGGCCACCCCUGCACCUGCCAGCAGUGCAUCCUGGUAAACAGCACAAGAGCUGCCUCUAAUGCUAUUCUGGCUUCUCAGCGACGUAAGCUCUACGGAGGGACAGCAGGCAACCCAGGCGCUGCAGGAACUCUCACUGUAGUUCGGCAGAGCAACACUUUUGCUGGGACGUCCCUGUGGUCUCCGACAUCCACCUCAUCUGGCACCAACAACAAUAACAUAAGUGUAGGAGGUGGGCAAGCCAAAGCUGAACAGGUGCAGUUGCCAGUGUCUAGUGCCAACUUCCCCCGCUCCCCUGUGAUGCCAUCUCUUUCAUCCGCCCAUGUCCACCAUGCUUUUACCAUCAACGGACAGAAUAACCUGAACCGGCCGGGGACCCAGCGACUUUCCAUGGGCACUGCCAGAGGAGCCAUCCCACCAGGCGUUCCUGCCCUCCCAGUAAAGAACCUGACUGGAUCUGGACCAGUGCAUCCAGCACUAGCAGGUAUGACAGGUAUCCUGAUGUGCGCUGCAGGUCUGCCAGUUUGCCUGACAAGGGCCCCCAAGCCCAUACUGCACCCACCACCCAUCAACAAAAGUGACAUGAAGCCUGUGCCAGGGAUCAACGGCAUGCGCCGCAAAACUAAGAAAAAGCACCUGAGAAGAGGGAAAAACCCAGAGGAUGUAGUGCGAAGAUACACAGAGAAGAUUAAAGUGAUGCCAGACGAGGACUGUACCAUCUGCAUGGAGAGGCUGGUCAUGUCAUCAGGCUAUGAAGGCGUCUUGCAGCACAAAGGCAUCAAGCCAGAGCUGGUGGGCAAACUUGGCAAGUGUGGGCACAUGUACCAUCUGCUGUGCCUGGUGGCUAUGUACAACAAUGGCAAUAAGGAUGGCAGUCUUCAGUGCCCAACAUGCAAAACCAUCUAUGGGGAGAAAACGGGCACCCAGCCUCCUGGGAAGAUGGAGUACCAUGUCAUCCCCCACUGCCUGCCCGGCUACCCAGACUCCAAGACAAUCCGCAUUGUCUAUGACAUUCCAGCUGGGAUUCAGACCAAUGAGCACCCCAACCCUGGGAAGAAGUUCAGUGCGAGAGGGUUUCCGCGACACUGCUACCUUCCCGACAAUGAGAAAGGCAGGAAGGUCCUGAAGCUGCUGAUCAUGGCCUGGGAUCGACGCCUCAUCUUCACCAUUGGCACGUCCAGCACCACAGGCGAGUCGGACACGGUGGUGUGGAAUGAGAUUCACCACAAGACAGAAUUCGGUUCUAACUUGACAGGUCACGGCUACCCCGACCCCAAUUACCUGGACAACGUGCUGACAGAGCUGUCGGCCCAGGGGGUUGGUGAGGACAACCUGAAGGACUGAUGGCCAGCUGAGCUGGUAUACAGCAACACAAGCCACAAUGCCCCACCAUCUGCCAGAAAGCAGGAACACUGCUUGAUGGACUGAAAUGCAGCAGACACCUCUUUACUCCCCACAGACAGAAAUAUCAUGCGGCGGUGGCACGAGUGCAGAGGAAGCAAAAUUAUGUGGUUAUGACCAAUGCUUUGAUUUGUAUACCCUAAGAUUUCCCUCAUACUGUCUCUUGAUCCGUCCCUUGAGCAUGCUGUGUUCAUGCCAAAAUUUCUGAGGGAUUUCUGUCUUGAUGUUGGUAACUACAGGUAAAUGGUAUGUCACACUUUUCAUAUUUAAACUGAAGCUGUUCCUCUGCACUUGGAGUAAAACGAUGAGGAGCCCAAACUAUACGAAGGUAUGUUUGUAAAUGCGGAACUCCAGAAUGCAUGGCCCAGACUAACGCUGCAUUAACCAAUGUUGAGUGGAUAUCUGCAAUAGGGUGAGGUGCCAGUAGAUCAGUUGUUGCUUGAUAUUGAGAAGAUACAUUUAUGAGAAUUUCAACUUUACAACCAUUUCCUUAUUUACUCUGAUAAUUAUUGUCUGUAAUGUGGUGAAACUUGGUUUUGUAAACGAGAGGAUCUUGACUCUGGUGAUGUCAUUUAAGGUUACACAGGGCAUUGCUGAGGCCACUUCUAAUACCAGAGAUCAGUUCUUCUGUAAAUGAAAGUGUAUUGAGCCUGAAGUAUAUGUAAUAGAUUCCAGAGAGGUAACAGCUAUGGAAUAUUAGUGUAAUGUAAAUGAAUGUCAUGUGGACUGUGAUGAAAUGCGCAUCUUACCAGUCCAUUCGAGGCUUAUUACAAGGUGUUGUAACUUGAAAGGCUGAGGUUGCGGAACAGGAUUUGCUACACUUCAAGGUUAAACUCAUUUGUUUUGUCGACACACUGAUGAUGCUAACCUCUAUAAAUAUAAAGCCUGCAUUACUAUUGUCCCUGUUGAAGCAAACCCAGGCAUUGGCACGAUCCAUAAUGCUGACCGUACAUGAGGGGCGAGUGUGUGACUGUGAGCUCUGAGGCAUUAAUACACCAGCUUUAAGUCCUUGAGGAGAAAUGCUGAAAACACUUCUCACAGAUGGACGUUCCUCUUUCAAACACAAACAAGUUUUCUCCUUGGAGAUCCAAUCUGGGCAGUGCUCCCACCCACCUGCAAUCUACAAGUCUCUUGUGACCUUGUUUGCAGCUAGGCAGUGCACUGGGCUUUACUAUAGCUUUAGUAUAGCAAGCACUGAAACACUUUGUUCCCAGUGUGAGCUCACUCAAGAGUUGUUAGAGGCAACCCUGAUGUGUGGCCUCACCCCCACUCUCCACCUCCUCCUCCUCAGCCGAGCACUUCAUUCUAGGAGCAAUGCAAAUGUGGGCCUAGUAUGUAGUUGGCUGGGAACAAUCUUUCCCCUUCAGAUUUAAUGCACAUGAGCUGAAGACUUUUUGAAGGUCUUUGGUGGCAUCUUGUGAUGUUUCUUUCCUCUGAGAUAAAAGAUAUCCCAGUGCUGCAUAAUUCUCUGAGUAUAUCUGAUCAAUUUUAAUGAGCAGGGAUGUUGAUAUAAGGUAUGUUGUGUGGGCACCCAGCUGUGGACUUAAUUUUUGGACAGAAUCAUGGUCUUCCAUAGCACUUUCGGGCAACCGUUUUGUUUAAUUAGUUGAUUCAUUUUUAGAAAAAUGUCUUAAAUUGCAACUGUUUUUUUAAGUUGAUGUUUAUAAACUGGCUUGCAAUGCUUUGAAAAAAAUAUAUUACACAUUUGCAGAUGUGAUAUACCUUUAAAAUCAACCACAAUUUGAGUGAGUGGUGUAAGUUUAAUUUAUUUUUCUAUACUCUUCUAUACUGAAAAUACAAAGACUGGCCCACAUAUCUACACGCAGGCACAUAUUAACAUGAACACAUUAAAAACUGGCAAAGUUUGUCAGUAUGUCAGGGACUGUUUAAAUAUGUAUGACAUGUUAUUGAUGUCUUAUAUUACAAGUAGUCAUAGCAUAAGUUUUUGUUGUCUAAUGUAUUUGAUCCCCUGUGGGACUCCAGUAAAUACAGUAAAUGUCUUGAUUACUAGUGGGGGAGCUAUAGCAGCAUGACAAUGGCUGUUCCCCUCAAAUGGGCCAAUUCUCGUUUUCUGAUUGUCCAGAACAUGGGAGUGAUGACAGUCGGCCAUUUUAGUUUAGUCUGAAGGUGAGACUGGGUUAAAAAUCAACUACAAAUAUUCUUAGUUGGUGGUAUUUGCCUCAGCCAGUUGUCAAUCAGAGAUAAGUACACAAAUUCUUUUGUAUUCGAAAGUCCUGAACUGUUUUUUGACUACAUGCUUCCUGGGUCUUGCAUCAACAGAUAUUUUCUAUUUUACAUAAUUUUUAAAUUUACAGUAUGUUCUUGCUUUUAAGGUCUGUUAAAUCAAAUUGUUCAUGCAAAUUUCACAGCAGAUUUCCCCAGGAGUUGGUAGAGACCAUAACACAGCUAAAACAGUCAAUAUUACAAUUUUAACCUGUUCAGAAACAUGACUUCAAAUUAAUAAUGUUGUAUCCUAAAAGCUGAAACACAUAUGCAAAUAAGCAACUGUUUGCUGAUAACUAUAUAUUUUUCAACCUUAAAGGUGAUGAUGUGCUCAUAACUUGUUCCUAAAGCAAACCACUAAAAGUAUUUGUCAGUAUGACUUUUGACCCAGGUGUUGAACACAGUCAUUGUUUGGCCUGUUCCAUUUCAAGUUUGCUCCUUUUUGGCACCCUUUAUAAAAUAGGACAGCAAGACAGAAUGCUUCCAGUCUAUCAGGGAAUUUUUUCCAUGUUGAGCAAAGUUUCAUUAUCUAAAGAACUCCGUGUUUGCUUUUUCAGCUUCUCCUUUCCAUGUGUCGGUCUUGUAGUAUGAACAAUGCAGGCCCUUUAGACUUUUCAGGUGUGUACAGACUUCUAUGGGAGUGAUUAAUAAAACACAGUUUGGUAUUUGAUUAAGGAUGAGAGAGAGAGUGUUCAUGCAAUUUACUAUUUUUAAGAUCUAUGAUUAAUGCAUAGCAGGGAGGCAAAUUUUUGGUUUAAAUGACAAUGGAUGUUUUCUUUAUGAGGUGCCUACCUCCAUGUUUCUGAACAAAAGGGUUGCAGUUCUGAGGAUAUUCACAUGUAUUGGAAAACAUUUUUAAUGUCUCUCUUUGAAUAAUGAUUGUCUCUAAAAGAACUAUUACAUAACAUUGCUGUAUUACUCUUUUAAGAUUCAUUCCUUAUAAUUUUCCAUGUUAUUAUAAAGUAAGUGCGAUAGCGGAUGAAAUCACUUUGUCCUAACAUAUGAAAUUUUUACAGUUGUGCUCUCAUAGUGUCCGCUGCAAACUGUACUUUUUUCUAAAUGAUACCUUAACAUUUUGUGUGGUUAUACUAUAUGUUUGUAUCUGUCUGUCUAUGGGAGUGUGUGUGUGUGUGUGUGUGUGUGUGUGUGAAUGUGUGCAGAGUGUUUGUCAAGUAGAUGAAGCUUAGGUUCAUGUCCUUUAAAGAUACAGUAAUGUUCUCCUAGAGGUGCAUGUUAACCAAACUGUGAGCAAGUUUAUUGACAAUGCAUAGCUCUUGGCAUAUGAAAACACGAUAGCUUCUUUAGAAAUAUCACCCAGGUCUUCUGGUGAUUUUAGCACUGUGGUUUUGCAUCUUACUCCAGUUACAGAGAUUUCUUUUUCCUCCGCCAGGUUUGUUUUACACGGAUGGGCGUUUGGCUGCUUUGCUCACUCUCUUGACAACAUGUAAAACUUCUGAAUGCUUUGCAUUUUUAAGUGCCCAUUUAAUUGACAUUUUAAAAUCAUGAUUUUUGUGGUUUGAUUUUUUUCUUAAGCAGUGUCUACCUAUUGCUAUUUUAAAACGAUCACAAAGAGAAACUCAAAAAGCAAGAUAGAGACACUGAUUAAACCAUAAAGGGCUUCUGAAUCUAUCAAUCUUUACUGAAUUGUGAUGACCCUGUUGCAUGUCUGUGUUACCUGUUGAAAAAUAAAUGUGCCCUCAACAGAGGGAGUUUGUUUGACCUUUUGUCGCCUCAGCUCUCCCUCUUGCACUCUGUGGCAAGCCCUCCUUCAUUUACCUCCACCGUCUCCUUCCCAGGCAGCUCUGUGCACUGCACCUUGUUAUAUAAAUAUAAAUGAGCUUUUCUGGAGCUGUGGAGUGCAGCAGAAACGGUUCUCACUGGCAAUAAAUUUGCUUUAUGUUCAUCUUGUGUCAUUGGCUGUUGGUGCUGGGGUGAAGAGCUGUGCUUGGUGCAUUCUAAAGCAGGUGGCCUGCCCAGCAGCUCAGGGGUCAAUCUCCUCAGAGCUCUGGCACCUGCACCUACAGCCCUGCCUUCUCUAAUAUCUAAUAAGAGAGCUAACAGGGAGACUGCUGCAGGUAGGUCUGCUCUCAGCAUUUUAAUAAGGCCGAAGGGAGAAAUGGCUGCAAACAUUGUUUUUGUGGCAGAAUUUAACAUUGGAUUCUGACUCCUGGUGGGUUUUAAAAUGUGUGGUUAUGGUGGUUUGGUUUAAUUAUUCAUUUAAACAAAGGGCUCCUCUGAGAUCUGUCAGACACAUAAUGACAUUUCCUAUAAUGCCAUGAUUGAAUGAAUGGCAGUGCUUCCACUGAGUCAGACUUUCUACUUUAAAACUAACUGGAGGACGAAUGGACAUAAGGCUAAGACAUAAAUUGGAAAUGCAGCAUUAAUCAUUUCUGCACUUAAUC